AUGGAAAAUCAAAAUUCUAAUACUGAUAAAGCUACAAAAACGACAAAUGGCGUGAGCAACAGUACCCCGGCCAAUGCAACUAAUGGCACAAUAAAGGGAUUGAUUGGUGGAGAAAGUUUAGCCUCGAAUGGUAGCCCGACCAUACGCAAUCAGGACUCAUGGGAAGAAGUUACCAUUGAUGUACCAUGGGGAACUGUACAAGGCAAAUGGUGGGGUAGUCGCAACAAACAACCCAUUUUGGCCUUACACGGUUGGCAAGAUAAUUGUGGUACAUUUGAUCGCCUGUGCCCCUUGAUGCCUCCAGAAAUUCCCGUAUUAUGUAUUGAUUUACCCGGCCAUGGUAAAUCAUCACACUACCCCAAAGGUAUGCAAUAUUUCCUCUUUUGGGAUGGCAUCUGUUUAAUACGUCGCAUUGUACGUAAAUAUGGCUGGAAACGUGUUACCCUAAUGGGUCAUUCGUUGGGUGGUGCUUUAACCUUUAUGUAUGCUGCCAGUUUUCCGGCAGAAGUUGAGAAGCUAAUAAAUUUCGAUAUUGCCGGACCGACGGUGCGCAGCAUUGAUCGUCAGGCGGAGACCACAGGCUGGGCCCUGGACAAAUUUCUUGACUAUGAAACAUUGCCGGAAACUAAAGUACCUUGUUAUUCUUAUAGUGAAAUGACAAAGCUAGUGCUCGAUGCCUAUGAUGGUUCCGUCGAUGAGGCGUCGGUAAAAUAUUUAAUAGAACGUGGCAUGGAAGUGGCACCACAACAUAUCAGUGCUGAUGGUUAUCAUUUUUCCAGAGAUUUACGACUAAAAGUCUCCCUCUUGGGCAUGUUUACCGCCGAUCAAGUCUAUGCCUAUGCGAAACGUAUACGCUGUAAAGUUCUCAAUAUACGCGGUGAUCCCGGUAUGAAAUUUGAAAAUCCACAUGUCUAUGAUAAUGUGAUUGAAAUACUUAAAGAAAAUGCGGAACUUGUGAUAUAUAAAAUUGUACCUGGAACACAUCAUUUGCAUCUCGUGACACCGGAACGUGUUGCAACGCAUGUCAAUGAGUUUUUAUUACAAGCUUAA